GCUUUCACAAAUACCCACUCGGGAGUACAGGAAGUGCGAACAAGAUUAACAACAAGAAGAUGGUACAAGACCUCCAUCUAUCUCGACUAUUUAACAGCUUUUCAGUAACUUUGCCAUGUCUGCCUGAUUAGAUGAUGGCCACCACAUGCCAUUCAAGAUGGAUGCCAUGGAAUAUGUUUCCUCAUCAAAGAUGCCAGUUAGUCGAUUUCACCCUUAUCAUGGACAAAACAUAAGCCUGUCUCAAGACAACAUGGUGGCAUUUAGAGAAACAAGCUUUGCGCAUGCUUUGACUUUUAGUGAAAAGCCAUUGAAACCAGGAGAAAUAUUUCUUGUUGAAAUCGAAAAAAACGAACGAGGAUGGAGUGGUCACUUACGAAUAGGCCUAACUCAGUUUAACCCGAGUCAGCGAUUUGAACUUCCUCAGUAUGCAUUGCCGGACUUGGCAAACAUGGGUAAAUCGUGGAUUUUCGCUGUGACAAAGACACACAAUAGAGUUUACACCGAUAACCCAGACGACCCCAACUCUCAGCCUUAUCAGUCUGUGUUAGGAUGCUCAGAGGUGAUACACACGCCUCUGGGCGCCAUCAGUCGGAGCAUGUUGCUGCCGUUGAACCGACUGCACAGAGGCAUCGGUGGUGACUGCAAUUGUUUGGCGGAGGACAAGUGUCGGAAUAGUAUACUGCCUACAGACGUGGGCAGCCGCAUAGGAAUUAUGUACAAAGUUAAGGACAGUUCGGCUGAUAUGCACUUUAUAAUUAAUGGCGAGGAUCAGGGACCAUCUGCACGUGGGAUUCCUUUCCGGGACGGACCAAUAUACGCUGUAGUUGAUGUGUAUGGUACAACCAAACAAGUUAGAAUUGUUCAGUUAUAUGGAGUGACAUCCCUCCAGAAUGCUUGUAGAGAUCUUAUUCUCCAGAUGAUCCGGAAAGAAGAUGUCAGUCGAUUGCCUUUACCGCGAAAAAUAGUCCAGUUUCUGCGCUACGAGAUAUAAAAAGCACAUGUGGUGUUUGAUGAAUGUAUAAGCAAUACCAUUUUCAUCCAACCCAAGAGGUUACUAAUGACCCAAGUGCUGUUGUUACUAUGGUUACCAUAAUCAUGUUCUGUUAUUGUACUGGUCCUGGUUGUUUGGUUGUUGCGAUAUGUUGUUUUACCUUAAGCAAGACUGAGAAUAACUGAAGUAUUGUGGCUGAAUGAAUGACUUCAUGUGCCCCGUCUCUCGUCAUUAAGUGUGUUCAAGGCCGGUCUUCUCCGUUGAACGAAGAAUUCUAGGGAUAUCAACUUGAUAAGUAAUUUCCUUCCCGUCACAGAUUAGAAAAUGAACAAUAAGGACAACAUAUAAGCAUGAUUAGGACCACUAAGACGAGCUAAGUUGAAAAAAAAUGAUAAAAAUGUUUUUGUAAGUAUGCAUUUGAUGUGAGAACUAGCAUCUUGUAUUUUUCAUAACUUACAGUUUUGGACUUACCAGAACAUGAAACGAAAACUGUGGCUAAGUGGUAGACACUUAGUGAAAAUCAUUUUUGGUCACAGAGUUGUUCAUAGUCAGAUGUUCUUGAGACAUUUGAAUGAUCAACCUAUUGUACUCAUGUUAGUUGCUGUCUGGUGACAUGUCCAAUAGAGAGGAGAGUUUUCAUUCACACAAAUAUGGCUGAUAAACAUGGCAAAAACUAAAAACAAGUUUCUCAAAUUUGAAACUAGUCAUAUCCCAUCCUUGGAACCCUCAAGAUAAUUACAGUAUUCACACUUUAAGAUUUUUCACGAUGUAUGUUUUGUUAAGAUUUGAAACUGCUUACGUAACAAGAAAGGUCUUUCAGGUCUUGUUAGGUUUUGUCAACUAUUGAUGAUUGGAUGGAUAGUGUUUGUAUUGUUACAAUAGUGACUGGUAGCCUUUGAGAUGUUCUUGAUUUUUGGAAUGUUUUUUAAUUUACAUUAAUCACUGGACGGCAAGUUCAGUCUGAACAGGCUGAAAUUUCACAAUCAUCCAUGUUUUGUAGAAUAACAGACUUACUUGUCCCUGUUCAGAGAACUACUGCUGAAAACCGAAAAUGGUUCUAUCACAGAAUGAAUUUGUUAUAUCUUUACUGUAUAUUGUGACAAAUCUUGAUAAGCUAUUUGGUACUUAUAGUAUUUAUUUGAGUGCAGUAGGGUACCUUAAGACUGGAGUAUCUUGUAAUGGCAGGACUGUCUGUCCCCCAAAGAACCAGGACCCUAAGUGGUGAAUGUUCAAGAAUUUCCAUGAAAUAUUUGUGCACUAUCCCUAUCCAAGUUGAAAGUGUUAAUGGUGUCACAAGUGAAAGGUUGUAAUUGAAAAAUUACAAAAGCAUAUAAAUAUG